CCUUUACGCUUUCGAGGCUCCGGCUCGUCCGUGUACCGGUGUCCAUUCCGCCGCUGCGGCAACUACCAACGCCACCGCCACCGCCAUUCCGGCAUGGCGAAGCCUCCGCGCCACACCCUGACCAUGCCGUCCGCCCACCCUCGGGGGAUCCCGACACGCGCCAUCCCGCGAGCCGCCGCGGCGCUCUUUUUUGUAACCCUCGUCGGCGUCGCCCUGCCCUUGGCCGUGCUGCACCGCGCCGCCGUCUCGCGGCACUCGCUUGAGGACCCGUGGGGGCGGUACCCGCUUCCCUUGUUCGCCGUAGACGACGAGGAGAGCGCCCAAGGUGAUGAUGAUCUGGACAGUGAGGAUCUCAAACUUGACCGAGUUUUGCAGAAGGCUUCAAUGAGGGACAACACAGUUAUAUUGACUACACUUAAUGCUGCAUGGGCUUCUCCUGGCUCGGUGAUAGAUCUAUUUGUUGAUAGUUUUCACUCUGGUGUUAGAACAAGUUCACUCUUGAACCAUCUAGUCAUUAUAGCAUUUGAUGGGGAUGCGUACAGACAAUGUGCCAAGAUCCACCACUAUUGCUUUGCUCUUGGAACUGAAGGUGUGGAUUUUUCUGAAGAGAAGAGGUUCUUGACUUCUGGGUAUUUGGAGAUGAUGUGGAAAAGACUAGAUUUCUUGCGGCUGGUUCUUGAAAAGGGCUACAGCUUCAUAUUCUCGGAUGCAGACAUAAUGUGGUUUCGCAAUCCAUUUCCUCACUUCUAUCCUAAUGGUGACCUUCAGAUUGCUUGUGACCACUAUGUUGGGAAUGCAACAGACUUGAGAAACAUUGCUAAUGGAGGCUUCAAUUAUGUGAAAUCGAAUGAACGGACCAUAGAGUUCUACAGUUUCUGGUACUCAUCACGAUUGAGAUAUCCUGGCUACCAUGAUCAGGAUGUCUUCAAUGCUAUUAAGCAUGAUCCAUAUGUCGCAGACAUUGGGCUGGAAAUUAAGUUUUUAAGUACAGCAUACUUUGGCGGAUUCUGUGAACCAAGCAGAGAUUUAAAUAAGGUCUGCACUAUGCACGCUAACUGUUGCAUCGGUUUGCGGAGCAAGAUUCAUGAUCUAAGGAUUAUGAUGGAAGAUUGGAAGAACUAUUUGUCACUGCCUCCAAGCUUGAAAAGAUUGUUGACAUUGUCCUGGAGGGUGCCACAAAAUUGCAGCCUUUCUUCGCUAAACUAAUAAAAUUCCAUGCUUAUGGAACACAAAAGGAAAUGAGAACAGUGGAGCAUGCAUAAUGUGUUCUCCACAUUUUCAUCAAAGAACUAACUGGAAGGUCGGGCUACUAACUUCAUUAGUGUUUUCCCCCAUACUUUACCAACUUCAAUUUGAUGUAAGUAGAAUUUGAUGUUGUAAUUAAUCGGAUAUGUGCUGACCUCUGUAUGGAUGAAACAUAACUUCCUUGAAUGAUCAUGUUUAUCUUUCAAAAAAAAAAAAGAA